CAAGGAUACUGCCUGGAUUUAUCGAUUUACUUCACGCCCGAGAGGAUUUAAAUGUUGAGAACUUGGGAGAAGGGAAGCACUGGCCACCUACAAAGAAAAAAGAAAACGAGAAAGGAAGUUACUUGGGAUAGUAAAGGAGUAAAAAUGGUGGUGGUGGUGUUGUAGAAACAGAGCCAAUCGAAAAUACUUUCUGACAUCAUAUAUAAUCUCAUCUUCGGUUUUUCUCAUGCCCUGCAUUUUCUUCCUCAUCUCUCUUUUUCUCUCUCUCCGAAAACCCUAAUUCAAAGUCCCCCUUUCUCUUUCUCUGCUUCUUUCAGAGAUAAAAAAACAAGAUCGGCAGGUAAUUUCCCAACCUUCCCUUCCUCAUGGGUCCAACUCUAACUCUGUUUUUUUUUUUUCUUAUAAUGAUAAUCUAAUGUAAUGGCGCUUUAACUGUCAUUGAUUUGUAUAAUUCUGUGAAAUCAAGCUCCUGGCUUCCCAGAUAAAUGUUGAAUUCUGAUUUGAUUCUUUGUUUUCAAUCGUAACCUUAGUAACACAUUGGCAAUUCCGUGCCUUGCAUACAACUCGGUGCAUGCAUGAUUCUGCUAAUGUUUUUCGCGUCAGAAUUCUGCUGUGCUCUCGACAUUUAUGCUUUUCAUUUUUGUUUUCCAAGGGAAACAGAAUUCAGCUCAAAUACUUGUGUGAGAUUUAGUUGAGGCAAUUCUUUUUAUGUUCAUUUUGGAAGCCAAGAUAUUCAAAACACGAGGUUGUUGAUUUCGUUCUUUAUGUCUUUGUUAUUUAUAACAACCAACGAAAGCAUCUGUGUAUGUCAUUCACUCUUGAAAACCGGUUGAAUUUUGGAUCUGGAUGAAGAAGAAUGCGCAAACUAGAGUGAGUUUCAAAAUUUUCAAAUCUGUAUUGAUUUCAUAGUGGAUUUGGUAUUGGAUUAAUUCUGAAGGUGUAAUGUCUUGAUGUUUGUUUUUAGCCUGAAUGUAACUGGAGCUGUCGAUUUUCAUAUGCGAAAAAUUAUACAACAUUUGGUUGUAAAGCAAACUAAUAAAUAAUAGGAAUAAUGGAGGCGAAUAUAUGUGAUGUCAAUCACUUGGAUGCGGAUGUUCUUUUGCCUCCUCGAAAGCGUCUGCUUGCUGGAUUGAAAAAACAAAGCUCGGAAUCUGAUGGUGCUUUGAGUCUCUCUAUAAUUGCUUCUUCUGCUUCCGCUUCCGCUCCAUCUUCUGCUGCUUUGAGUGACUUUGAAACCCGUCUUAACAAUCUGUUGAGUUCUCAUUCGAAUAGUCCUAACCUUACACCAGGGGAGAUAGUAGAGGCUUCAAAUUCAGUGGCAAUCGCUGCAUCUAAGGCUGCAGAGGCAGCAAGAGCUGCAUCUGAAGAGAAGGCUGCAAUAGCAUCAAAAGCAAGGGCUGCUGCCAAGCGCGCUUUAGAUUUGGUUGCCUCAUUUUCUGGAGAGGCAGCCUGUAAGGAAAGAUAUCUGAAAAAGAAUAAGCUGAAGAAGCAUCUCCCUGUUCAGCUCUUGUACAAAAAAUACCAACCUAUUGAGAAUAACAAGACAGAUGAAGAGUUGGCCCGUAAGUUGCAUCAUGCUAUUAACAGCUCACCCAGAAUCUCAAAGAAUUCUUCAAGUUCUGACUGGAAGGGUCAUAAACACAAGAAACCUAAAAGCUCAGCAAGUUCUAAGAAAAAUAGGGUAUCCAAUGGGGGUAUUGUAUUGGAAAGACACCUCCCAUCUAUGUCCAAUGGUCAUGCCGUAACAGGCAAGAUUGAAUCUGAAGGCUCCAUCCAUGAAUUAUACCCACACAAAGCAGAUGAAAAGUCAUCCAAGUCUGAUAAAGCUGGUCAACUAGAGAUGGAAUAUGAGGAAGCAGAAUCAAGUCAGCCAAAGGAUAAAACUGGAGAAGACGUGAGUACAACCGGUAAAAGGAGGGGAAGAGUGAAGCUAAAAAGGUUGCCCUUAAGUAUUUGUAACUUUAGGGAUCAAUCAAACCCGACUGCCAGCGGUAUGCUCUUGUUCUCAAUGCAGACUUUGGCUGAUGGUGUGAUGCCAAUCGGGACUACGCCGGUGUGGAAAUGCCAGGAGUUCAAUGUGCCAACAUGUGUCGAGCAAAAUAAAGUCCUGCAGUCGUGAUGCUCAAAUGUAAUGUGGCGACUGGUAGAUACCAUGAUAGAAGUUGAUAGCUGAGAAUAGCAAAAGCUUCAAGUUAAGACGCGACUGACGCAAUAAAUUGGAUAGCAUCUGUUAACAUGUUGCAUGUUCAUCCUCCUCAUAGAACUGAUGAUAAAUGAAUUAUACAAUGUGAGUGUGUAUACCCUAUGAUGUAAUUUUUUUUGCAAGUUGAUUCUAUUUUCAUUCUUCCUUUUUAUGUACGAAAAGCUAUACACGAAAUUAUUGCAGUGUGGUAAUUUGUAUGACAUUUGAUGGUACUUGUUGAUGCUGUUAUAGAUCCAGAGUAUUAGCAAGGGAAAUAUCGAUAAUAAAGUUGUAAAAGUUGCUCGAUUGCUUCAAGAUCCGGUGUGCAGUGUUAUUUGAGUUUUCCCGCUUCCAAGUUGAUAUGUAAACACAUUUCUUGUAGAAAUGGAACUUAUUACGGUUAUAAAAAGAAACGUUUAACACAUAAAUAU